AUGAACGGAGAAGAAACACCGCCCAUUCUAACUCUCCCAAUUGAAAUACACCAGAUGAUUUUCGACAAUAUGAAGCAAAAUGAUAAGUGAGUUUUUGAAAGAAUCAUUUUUUUUGUUGAAAAUUGUCUUCUUUCACUUUUUCAGAGUAAAUUUCGGGAGAUGCUCCAAAAAAUGUCAUGAAAUUUGGAAGGAAACCAGAAGGUUCUACGAGGCGAUGCAAUGGAGACAUGAUUUUGAACACAUCACGCUUUCUUUGAACGAUUCGCAUCCAUUUUCGGGAUAUUCGCAUUUUAUCAAUUUCAGUUCCGAACAUUGUGAAUCUGUAAAAAUGUGAGUUUUUUUCUUGCCAAAAUGUUCAUAUCCAUUUGUUUUUCAGAGGUCAAACUGGUGCUGAAACUGAAAUUCAAGCAAUUCGCGGAUCAAAACUUUAUUUUGAAGUGGCUCGAGAUUUGUUCAAGAAAAAAUUGGAGAAAAAUCAAAAUAGAAUUCGAAGCUUGACAUUUCAUGGAGAAUGCCCAAUGAAUUUUCGAAAAAUCAAACAUUUUCGAAAACUUCAAUAUUUCACUGCGUAUGUGUAUGAUACAGCAUUUAUUCGAGAAUUAUUACCAAGAACUGGAAAUAUGUUGAAAUAUUUGAAACUCCAUGAAAGGGCACUUGAUUCAAACGUUCAUUUAAAUUUGGCCGACUUCCCAGAAAUUUAUCGAGUACGCGAAUAUUUAUCGAUCAAUUUUGAAUUAACAGCUGAGCAGAUGAUGAAUUUGUCAGCGAAAAGAAUUGAAAUGCCAGCUGGAAAAUUGAAACCACAAGAUAUUUAUAAUUUCAUUCAAACUUGGCAAAUUGGAGAGAGGAAUUUGGAAAAUUGUGUGUGGACGAAUGUAGACUUUAGUUUAUUUCGCCCUUUUUUUCAAUUCUAUGGAGUGCGAUUUUUUUUUAAUUGGCAUAUAGAAGAGUAAGGUUCCUAAGAAUAUUUUAUUAUUUAAAAAAAACAAUAUUUUUAAGCAUUCAAGUUUGUAUUCGAGGAAUUGGUGACAAAUCGGCAAAAAUUACAAUGCCCAAGUGGACUUGUAUGAAGUUUGAGGUGUUUGAUGACGAAGAUUUGGCCGAUGAAAAUGGAGCUUGA